GCGUAGCGUAGGUCUGUGGUAAGGCUGUGUGCUAUCGCGUGCAGACUCCGGGGAGCAGUGUAGAGGCGUGCGGGACAGGUCAGACGAAAUGGCGGCCAGCAGGUAUGAAGAGGAGAUUGAACUCAGGACCUUCAGGAAGGACCUGGACGAGAAUUUCAAGCCCAUCUUCGACAAGCAUGAGAUCGAGGGCGUGGCGGUGCGCGACCUGCGGCGGGAGCUGGAGGAGGAAGGUCUCCUGGAGCACAUCCCGCGCCGGCGCAUGGACCAGCUGUUGGAACAGGCUGACCGGGACGCUGACCGACACAUUACUUACAGAGAGUUUGUUCACAUGAUGACCCAUGACCUUACAGCAGAGGAGAGGAAACCUUUCAGGCGGAUGAUGCGGGCGGCCAUCGCUGACAUCAUCCCGCGGCGGCAGAGAGAGGACUUCCUGGCCAACUACAACUGCUGCCCACCACCUUUGUUCAUUCCACUCAUCAGUGUUGCCGAGAUUGUGAUCUUCAUAGUGUACGCCAUAGAGCUGAAGGACCGGGGCACGCCCGUGACGGCCACCAGUGGUGUGGCCAUGUACAGUCCCCUGGUGUACAAACCCACGCGGCGCUACGAGGCCUGGAGGUUCAUCACAUACAUGUUUAUGCAUCAAGGGUACAUGCACAUCCUGUUCAACAUGAUCUUCCAGCUGAUGUUUGGUCUGUCCCUGGAGGUGGUGCACAAGUGGUGGCGGGUGGGGCUCGUCUACGUGCUGGGAGCCCUCGCAGGUUGUCUGGCCCAUUCCGUGAGUGACCAUAAUGUGGGGCUGGUGGGAGCCAGUGGAGGUGUCUACGCCAUCCUUGGGGCCCACGUAGCAGCAAUCAUUAUAAACUGGCGUGAGAUGAACUACCGGUGUAUGGACCCGGACGAGCUGGACGAUGACAUGUGCUGUGGCAUCUCUCGCAUUCUGCUCAGUGCUCCCGUCCGGUUGGCUAUCAUUCUUAUCCUAGUUGUGCCGGACACAGCACUUGCCAUCUACAGACGUGUGACGGAACCUGACGUUUUCAAAGUGGGUGUCACCGCUCACAUAGGUGGGUUCCUGGCAGGUGUUUUCCUGGGAGUUGUGAUCCUGCGCAACAUCAAUCGACUCACCUGGGAGCGCACGCUGGGCUGGGUGACCUUGGCCCUCUUCCUCGCCUUCUUCGCCUUCUGCACCCUGUUCAACGCACUGUACGAUGGCUACCCAGAAACAGACUGGAGUAGCCUCUAGUGUAGUCUUACUUCCCUGUCUCCUGUGUUUGACCGGUUCUCUAUUAACUCUUUAUCUCCAAGGUAGGUAAACCGUCUAUGCCGGAUCCUUCUUUUGGUAUGAAAUCUAAAAAUGACAAUACCUCUCUAAAUUGUUCAUUCAUUUGAAACAAAUUUUACCUAUUUUGAUAGUUCUUAUUCUAAUAAAAAAAUUCCCUUUAAAAAAUCCUGUUUUAAGCAAUUGCCGAAAA